CUCUCCGCUUGAGAACGGCACGGUUUGACGGCGGCCGGCAGCAUCUCUCCGUUUUCGUCUCUCCAAAAGAAACCCGCUCUCACUUUUUUUUCCCGCCCCUCGUCUCGCCUCCUGCUCGCCAUCGUCUCCGCUCGGGCUGCGCGAGGAAGAGCAGUGCGUUUGUGGCCCGUGUGUGGACUAAGAAAGCAUAACUGUUUCUGGCUACAGUGAAGAAAGAAAAGACUCCUCUGGAUUUCACACGGAUUUUAUUCCUUGGCGCUUGGUUUCCAAGGCUUUGCUGUCUUCUGUCAGGAUAUGUAAUGUGACCAGGAGUUUCAGGAACGGGAAAUUCGGAGGAGUUUUGUUCUUUCGUUCACCUGGUUGGAACAGCUUCACCAUCCUGUCCUCCUUACACUGGUGUGUCAGGCGCAGUCACACCCUGUUCGGGAUAUCUGACUGAGUAUGAAGACUUUCCCCUGAUUCUCCACUCCACUCUGGCGCUCGACCCUGAGAUGUGAGUUGCAGAAUGAGCCUCUUGAGAAGGAAUCAAGGGAGAAAAUGUUCCACUGACCUUCACGUCUGCAACCUCAAGCUCUUCAAUCAUUCAGACCACUGCUUGGGCUUAGAAAGGAUGAUGGUGCAUCCCCUGCCGAUCACCAGCACGACCGUGGACAAACAACACGCCUCGGCCUUCUGCGGUCGCUCCUGCACUUUAUGCAGGUUGUGAGCGGUGAUUAGGGCACUACAGAACAGACCUUCUCACACUGUCUGUGGGCUGGUGCCACUGCGGCAGCUGAAACAUGUCUGUGAUAACCCCGCCCCACGCCAUGCCUGAAGCCCCGCCCACCCUGCUCCUGCUUACCUCCUUACUGCUCGUCACCCACGCUGAGACACCACCAAAGUUUUUACGGACCCCCAAUGACCAGACGGGAGUGCAGGGGGGCGUGGCCUCCUUCAUCUGCCAGGCGUCGGGCGAGCCACGCCCCAAGAUCGUGUGGAAUAAGAAGGGGAAGAGAGUGAGCAACCAGCGCUUUGAGGUAGUGAUCGAGUUUGACGACGGCUCCGGCUCCGUCUUGAGGAUCCAGCCACUCAGAACCCCACGAGACGAAGCCAUUUACGAAUGCGUGGCCUCCAACAAUGUUGGCGAGAUUAGUGCCACCACACGCCUCACUGUUCUACGUGAGGACCAGCUGCCCCCUGGUUUCCCCACCAUAGACAUGGGCCCCCAGCUAAAGGUGGUGGAGAGGACGCGCACGGCCACUAUGCUGUGCGCCGCCAGCGGCAACCCCGACCCCGACAUCUCCUGGUUCAAGGACUUCCUGCCCGUCAACACCAGCAACAACAACGGGCGAAUCAAACAGCUCCGAUCAGAGUCUUUUGGUGGUACUCCAAUAAGAGGAGCCCUGCAGAUCGAGCAGAGCGAGGAGUCGGACCAGGGGAAGUAUGAGUGUGUUGCCACUAACAACGACGGAACACGUUACUCCGCGCCUGCCAACCUCUACGUCCGAGAGCUCCGAGAAGUGCGCCGUGUUCCCCCGCGUUUCUCCAUCCCGCCCACGGACAGCGAGAUCAUGCCGGGGGGCAGUGUGAACAUCACGUGCGUGGCGGUGGGCUCACCCAUGCCCUACGUCAAGUGGAUGCUGGGGGCAGAGGACCUGACCCCCGAGGAUGACAUGCCCAUCGGGCGCAACGUGCUGGAGCUCACUGACGUGCGCCAGUCGGCCAACUACACCUGCGUCGCAAUGUCGACGCUGGGCGUCAUAGAGGCUGUGGCACAGAUCACGGUGAAGGCUUUACCCAAAGCUCCAGGUGUUGUUAUGGUAACGGAACGCACAGCAACCAGCAUCACCCUUACGUGGGAUUCUGGGAACCCGGAACCGGUGUCCUAUUACAUCAUCCAGCACAAGCCCAAAUAUUCUGAGGAUUCCUACAAGGAGAUCGAUGGUGUGGCCACCACACGCUACAGCGUCGGCGGCCUGAGCCCGUACUCGGACUACGAGUUCCGUGUGGUCGCCGUGAACAACAUCGGCCGCGGCCCGGCGAGCGACGCCAUCGAGGCCAAAACGGCGGAGCAGGCGCCCAGCACGGCCCCUCGCCAAGUCAGGGGUCGCAUGCUCAGCGCCACAACAGCCAUAAUUCACUGGGAAGAGCCAGAAGAAGCCAACGGGCAGAUCAUGGGCUACAGGGUGUACUACACCCUGGACCCCACCCAGCACGUCAACCAAUGGGAGAAGCAGAUAGUCCGCAGUGCUAACUUCCUCACCAUUCAGGGUCUGACACCCAACAAGACUUACUACAUCAAAGUAUUGGCUUACACCUCUGUAGGGGACGGACCCCUCUCCUCGGACCUGCAGAUCAUAGCCAAGACCGGGGUCCCAUCCCAGCCGACAGACUUCAGGGCGGAGGCCAAGUCGGAGACGAGCGUCCUGCUGUCGUGGGUGUCACCUCCCCAGAGCGGCCAGGACAGCCAGAUCACUGGCUAUGAGCUGCUUUACAAGAGGAAGGACGAGAAGGAGGAGAACCGUGUGAGCUUUGAGCCCACAACCACCUACCUGCUGAAGGAACUGAGGCCCUUCACCGUGUACACCUUCCAGCUGGCAGCCCGGAGCAGGCACGGCAUCGGGGCCUACACCAAUGAGAUCUCCGCAGAGACACCCCAGACACAGCCUUCAGCCCCACCUCAGGAAAUCACAUGUUCAAGCCCCAGUUCCACCAACAUUCUGGUAAGUUGGAAACCGCCACCGGUGGAGCUCCAGAAUGGGAUCAUUACCAAAUACACAAUACAGUACGCUGCCACGGAAGGAGAGGACACCUCCAUACAGCAAAUCUCGGAAAUACCUCCAGAAAAUUCCCACUACCUCUUGGAAAACUUGGAAAAAUGGACGGAAUACAGAGUGACAGUCAUCGCCCAUACAGACGUUGGAGCAGGGCCUGAAAGCUUACCACAGCUCAUCCGUACAGAGGAGGAUGUGCCGAGUGGGCCCCCUCGCAAAGUCGAGGUGGAAGCCGUCAACUCCUCGUCCGUUAAAGUCGUGUGGCGCUCUCCAGUGCCCAACCGCCAGCAUGGGCAAAUCCGCGGCUACCAGGUGCACUAUGUCCGGAUGCUCAGCGGGGAACCCGUGGGCCAUCCCGUCAUCAAGGACAUCCUGAUCGACGACGCUCAGUGGGAGUAUGAUGACUCGACUGAAUAUGAAAUGGUCCUCACGGAUCUGCAGGCGGAGGCUACUUACUCCGUUACCGUGGCGGCCUACACCACAAAGGGCGAUGGAGCCCGCAGCAAACCCAAGCUGGUCACCACCACCGGGGCAGUGCCCGAAAAGCCCCGCCUCAUGGUCAGCCCCACCAACAUGGGCACAGCCCUGCUCCAGUGGCACCCACCGCCAAACACGCACGGCCUGCUCCAAGGCUACCGCCUCCGCUUUGGCCGCAAAGACGUCGAGCCCCUGACGGUCAUCGAGUUCCCCGAGCGUGAGAACCACUACACCACCAAAGAGAUCCACAAGGGGGCGUCCUACACGUUCCGUCUCUCGGCCCGCAACAGGGUGGGCUUCGGCGAGGAGACGGUCAAGGAGAUCAGCACCCCAGAGGACACGCCCUCCGGCUUCCCACAAGGCAUCGUGGCGGAAAGCGCCACCACCAACACCAUUCAGGUCAGCUGGCUUCCGGUGCUGCUGGCGGAGCAAAACGGCGCCAUUAUCAAAUACGCCCUCCAGUACAAAGACAUCAACAGUCCCAGGAGCCCCUCGGAACUUUUCAUCACCGCUCCCGAGUCCACCGUGGUCCUGGACGGCCUUAAGGCAGACACCACUUACGAUAUCAAAAUGUGUGCCUUUACCAGCAAGGGCCCCGGGCCCUACAGUCCAAGCAUCCAGUUCAGAACCCAACCACUGGAACAAGCAGUGUUUGCAAAAAAUUUUCACGUGAAAGCUGCCAUGAAGACCUCCGUGCUGUUGAUGUGGGAGAUUCCCGAGAACUACAACCCCGCACAGCCGUUCACCAUUCUGUACGAUAACGGGCAGAGCGUGGAGGUGGAUGGAAAGCUGACGCAGAAGCUGAUCACCAACCUGCAGCCCGAGACGCAGUACUCCUUCCUCUUGACCAACCGCGGUAACAGCGCCGGCGGCCUGCAGCAUCGCGUGUCCGCCAUGACCGCCCCGGACGUCCUGCGCACCAAGCCCUACUUGAUGGGCAAGACCAACUCCGACGGCAUGGUGACAGUGGAGCUGCCCCCAGUGCAGACCACGGAGAAAGUCAAGGGAUACUACAUCGUGGUGGUACCUCUGAAGAAACAGCGCACAGGAAAGUUUGUCAAACCCUGGGAUAGCCCGGACGAGAUGAACCUGGAGGAGCUCUUGAAGGAGAUUAACCGGACGGGUGGAGGGCUUCGUUUCCGCAGGCAGGCCGAGCCUCAGCCAUACAUCGCCGCCUUCUUUAAAGAGCUGCCCAGCGAGUUCACCCUGGGAGACAGCAAGAUGUACGGAGACUUCCAGAACAAGCACCUGCUCCAAGGCCAGGAGUACAUCUUCUUCAUCCUGGCCGUGCUGGAGAUCUCGGACAGCACCAUGUACGCUACGAGUCCGUACUCCGACCCCGUGGUGUCUGCUGACAUCGACCCCCAGCCCAUAAUCGAUGAAGAGGAAGGUCUCAUCUGGGUCGUGGGCCCUGUGCUUGCCGUAGUCUUCAUCAUAUGCAUCGUCAUCGCAAUCCUCCUGUACAAGAGCAAACCAGACAGGAAACGGGCGGAGGCGGAGGCCAGGAAAGGCAGCCUUCCCAACAGCAAGGAGAUUCCCUCCCACCAUCCCACCGAUCCCGUGGAGCUGCGCCGGCUCAACUUCCAGACUCCUGGUUCCAGUGCCUCCGGUUACCCCAGUAAUCCCCAUCUGUCAAGCAUGGCCACCCACCCCCCAAUCCCAAUCAUGGACCUGGCCGAUCACCUGGAGCGCCUGAAAGCCAACGACAACCUGAAGUUUUCGCAGGAGUAUGAGUCUGUUGAUCCAGGCCAACAGUUCACAUGGGAGCACUCGAACCUGGAGGUAAAUAAAGCAAAGAACCGCUACGCCAACGUCAUCGCCUACGACCACUCGAGGGUGCUGCUCUCGGCCAUCGACGGCAUUCCUGGGAGCGACUACAUCAAUGCCAACUACAUUGAUGGUUACAGGAAACAGAACGCCUACAUCGCCACACAGGGAGCGCUGCCGGAGACAUUCGGAGACUUCUGGAGGAUGGUGUGGGAGCAGCGCAGUGCCAACAUCGUCAUGAUGACCAAACUGGAGGAGCGCUCUCGGGUUAAGUGUGACCAGUACUGGCCAACCAGAGGAACGGAAACGUACGGGUUGAUCCAGGUCACACUGCUGGACACGGUGGAGCUUGCCACCUACUGCGUCCGGACGUUUGCACUUUAUAAAAAUGGCUCCAGUGAGAAGAAGGAGGUGCGACAAUUCCAGUUCACCGCCUGGCCUGACCACGGCGUGCCUGAGCACCCUACCCCAUUCCUGGCCUUCCUGAGGAGGGUGAAAGCCUGCAACCCCCCGGACGCUGGGCCCAUGGUGGUCCACUGCAGCGCCGGCGUGGGCCGGACAGGCUGCUUCAUCGUGAUUGACGCCAUGCUGGAGAGGAUCAAGCACGAGAAGACGGUGGACAUCUACGGUCACGUGACGCUGAUGCGCGCCCAGCGCAACUACAUGGUGCAGACAGAGGACCAGUACGUCUUCAUCCACGACGCCCUGCUGGAGGCCGUCACCUGCGGCAACACGGAGGUGCCCGCCCGCAACCUCUACGCCUACAUCCAGAAGCUCACGCAGCUGGAGGCAGGCGAGAACGUUACGGCGAUGGAACUGGAGUUCAAGCGUUUGGCCAACACAAAAGCCCACACCUCCCGCUUCAUCAGUGCCAACCUGCCCUGCAACAAGUUCAAGAACCGCCUGGUCAACAUCAUGCCCUACGAGAGCACCCGCGUGUGCUUGCAGCCCAUCCGCGGCGUGGAGGGCUCCGACUACAUCAACGCCAGCUUCAUCGAUGGCUACAGGCAACAGAAGGCGUACAUCGCCACACAGGGACCCCUGGCGGAGACCACCGAAGACUUCUGGAGGAUGCUGUGGGAACACAACUCCACCAUCGUGGUGAUGCUCACCAAACUCCGCGAGAUGGGCAGGGAAAAGUGCCAUCAGUACUGGCCAGCUGAGCGUUCUGCCCGCUACCAGUACUUCGUGGUGGACCCGAUGGCCGAAUACAACAUGCCUCAGUACAUCCUACGCGAGUUCAAAGUCACUGAUGCCAGGGACGGCCAGUCUCGGACGGUCCGGCAGUUCCAGUUCACCGACUGGCCCGAGCAGGGAGUGCCCAAGUCAGGGGAGGGCUUCAUCGACUUCAUCGGGCAGGUGCACAAAACGAAGGAGCAGUUUGGCCAGGACGGGCCCAUCUCAGUGCACUGCAGUGCGGGGGUGGGCAGGACCGGAGUCUUCAUCACCCUCAGUAUUGUUCUGGAGAGGAUGCGGUAUGAGGGCGUCGUGGACAUCUUCCAGACGGUGAAGAUGCUGAGAACACAGAGGCCUGCCAUGGUACAGACUGAGGAUCAGUAUCAGUUCUGCUAUCGCGCAGGGCUGGAGUAUCUUGGAAGCUUCGAUCACUAUGCAACGUAAGAGUCCUCUUCCCCCUGGGGUACAAGCAAGGCCCUUGGACAUCCAGAGGUCGUAUCUUCUGAGCCAUAAAUUCGUGCUUGUGAAAAGUACUUCUUAAACUCCUAGUCCAAGACUUGAUUCAUUUGUUGGGUGUGAAAAACAAAAGCGAAAAAUAAUGAUUUAAAAAACAAAAAAACAAAAACUAUUAAAAAACAAAACAUAUGAACAGUGAAAUACCAGGUGGACCAAGAAAAAAAAAAAACAACAACCCCCCACCCCCUCCCCGAAAUCUGAUCAGUCGUCACCCCCGACAAACGGAUGCGUAUGUUGGACUACUGAGGCAUCGUGCAGAGCUUGCUGUCCUAUCUCCUGCUUCAAGGAUUCGUCUCAGAUUCUUCAGCACCAAUAAGUCAAUUUAAAAAAAAAAGAGAGAGAGAAAACAAACAAUGAGAAAAACACGCACUGCAUCGAAUGAACGGAGACGCGAGACCCAGAAGAUGACUGCACGUCACACAGGGAGAUUUGCGCAACUGCGAGGAGGCACCUCAUCGACAAAGAAGGGCAUCGUGGCUACGAGAGAAUUCUAGGGAGGAAAAAAGAAGUAAACAGAUAUAAACACAAAUGGACAAAUAUAAUAGUAAUAAUAAUACCCCUAUCUCGUCACGAUGUUCGUCCUUCAGUCAGGGGUAUGGGAGGGAACUGUACAAACACCAGAUGAAUAAAAAAAACUUACUGAUUUA